CCAAGCACAUGAAUCGGCUGUCCGAGCAAAGGCCAUGAGGGGAAAGGGAGUGCUGGCAGCAACGUCCAUGUGGGCUUUCGACCGCUACGAGGUUGCUCGUAGCCUGUGGAAGAUGGUGAUGGUGCCCGGACUGACUUUUGCGAAUCGGGUGCUGCGCACGUCGUCUCAGACUCGGGAGUUCCUAGAGGUUAGACAGCGGGAGGCGGGACGGAUGGCACUCGGGGCACACAGGGGGACUCCAAAUGAAGGGGUGCAGGGGGACCUCGGAUGGUCUGCUUUUGAGUCGAGGGAAGCGGUGGCUAAGCUGUCUUACGAGAGGCGUCUUUGCGGCCUCGGAGAGGAGCGAUGGGCCAGGAGGGUGUUUAAGUACCUCGUGUACAGGAGUGUAAACACGCGCCUGACCAAACGGGUGGCCAGGCUCGCGGGGAAGUAUGAGGUACCACCGACCCUGCUGGACGGCCGGCCGCUCCGAGAGGGAGUUGCGGACCUCAAGAAGCACGUGCGGCAGGUCGAGACGCGAAGGUGGACGGAGUCGGCCACACGAAAACCAUCAAUGACUGUGUAUGCGGCCUCGAAGCGGGCGAUCGAGCGGGAGCAGCUGUAUGAUGACUCCAGGGGCAGCGGCUUGCUUUUCGAGGCACGAACGGGGACCCUCAAGACCAGGCUGUGGAGAUCGCGAUAUGACGCUGGAGCCCCAAUCGCCUGCGUCGCCUGCGGAGCAGCAGAGGAGACAACCGAACAUCUGGUGCUGCAGUGCAAGGCCCUCAGCCCGUGCCCCCAGGUGGACCAUCUGCCGGACGCGCUGGGCUUCCGGACGGCGGAGCGGGGGGAUGACGGCGAGGAACACGUCGAGACCACCAAGCGCCGACUAGAGCAGUGGUGGGAGAUUUCCUGGCGGCUGUGGAAGAGGGAGAGGCGAGCUGGGCCGGACGUGCAAGCGCAAGCCGGACAACCGAUGUUUUCCGCCCAAGUCGACCUGCCCCACACCGAGGACCCGACCGAAGCUCCACCACAACAAGAACUCGGCUAG